AGUGCUUACUGCACCCAUCUGUUGAGGCAGGUUUUGAGAGAUGCUUGACUGACUUGAGGGGACUGUUUUAUUCACCAUCUGAGAGGAUUGAACGCCGAGACGUGCGUUUCAUACUGCGGGAUGACAUCCAUGGAUUCAUAUUAUAGCCCAUCUGCACCGCAAGGUAGGGAUCACCAUGCGAAUCCGUUCACGACAUUCCAGGCGAGCGACACCAAAUACAGCCCUGCUUUCCUGACCAACAAAGGUCAGACGUACGGGGAAAAAUCUCGGAGCACGUUCCAGCAAGAAUGCCAGUCAUUGGAUGCCACUGCUGAGGAAGGCACCUUUAACAAAUACCACCUCUUCAUGCAGAGGUCCUCCUGCAAAACUCCCCCAGACAGCAGCAAACUCCAACAGGAAAGUGGACACAACGGAGGGCUCAUCGUUUGUUAUGGUAAAGACAGCACAGGGCUGAGAGAUUCUGAAUUGACCCCAAACAGUGAUCCCACAGGAAUGGAUGGCAGCUACCUCAGCGUAAAGGAGUCAGGAGUGAAGAGCCCCCAGGAGCUGCCAAAUUCAGAACUGGCCUCUCCACUGGACAAGGGUGAAGGAGAGAGCAACAAGGGCAAGAAAAGGCGCAACCGCACCACCUUCACGAGCUAUCAGCUAGAGGAGCUGGAGAAAGUUUUCCAGAAAACACACUACCCUGAUGUGUAUGCCCGAGAACAACUCGCACUGAGGACUGACCUGACAGAAGCUCGAGUGCAGGUGUGGUUCCAAAAUCGCAGAGCCAAGUGGCGGAAGAGAGAGCGCUUCGGACAGAUGCAGCAGGUCCGAACACAUUUUUCCACCGCCUAUGAACUGCCCCUUCUCACUCGACCGGAGAGCUACGCUCAGAUUCAGAACCCUUCCUGGAUAGGCAGCAGCAGUGCAGCAUCACCAGUGCCAGGCUGUGUCGUACCCUGUGACUCUGUCACUUCUUGCAUGCCGCCGCAUCCACACGCUGGUAGCGGAGUGUCUGACUUCUUGGGAGUGCCGAGUCCUGGAGGUCACAUGGGACAGACACACAUGGGCAGCUUGUUUGGGAAUCCAGGCAUGAGCACUGGUAUUAAUGGGUACGAAUUAAACAUGGACCCUGACCGAAAGUCCUCAAGCAUUGCAACGCUGCGAAUGAAAGCUAAGGAACACAGCGCAGCCAUCUCUUGGGCUACAUGACUCCCCUCAACAUCAGGACAUUAUCUCUGAACUCCCUCGACAAAUAAACAGAGAAGAGAACAAGAGCAAAUGUGAACAUCAGUUAACCACCAAGGCAUGAUACAAAGCAUGACCUGGGGACAAGGUGUGUGUGGAUUGAAAAAUAUAAGAGAAAUAAUAAACUAUGUGAAAUUCAUUUAAAUUUUGAAGUCGAGAGAGACAAUCAGAAAUGGGGGAGAAUUCAGAGAUACUCAUAAAAUUGAGAACCAUCUGGCUUUAAAACAAGAAAGACAAGAAAACAAACUUGACAUUUGAAUGCAUACAAAAUUAUUUUAAAAAUAAAUGAAGAAACAAAUAAAAACACAAAAAAAUUAACCCUGCACUUAUCUGCUGAACACUAGAGUCCAGUUUGUAAACAUGUAAAUGUAUCUCAUCUAUUACCUAUCUGGCUUUAUUUUCAUUCUCCGUAUGAUCAAAACCUGUUGAAUUCUUGUUCUGUCAAAUAUUCCUUUUCCAAAUAUGCCAUCUCUGCCAAGACAGUUUCAAGGGAUGUAGUUUCUGUGAAGAAUUUCCCAGGUUUAAUUUUUUUUUUUAAACCAUAUUUUUUUCUUUUACUAAUUCCCCAUUUAAAAGCUGACUAAAUUCUAAUCAAAGGAUCACUAUUCCUUCAUCAAAGUUGAUCAGUUAUUUGAAAGAUGGAAAGGCAGAACACUUAAGCAUGACUUGGCUGAGAGUGGCACAGCAAGCAUAAGGGUGAUAAGCAACAAGCAUUCAGCAGGAAAAGAGAGAGAGUGAUUUAAAGUUGCCAUGAUUUUCCUCUCCCCUGGCAUACCUCCCCUGCAGGUAACUAGUGGUAAAACAGUGACGCUUACUUAGUGUAAGAUUUCUAUUAAUUGCAAAAAUGAAGAAAAAAAAAAGUAAGACUUUUGAAGCAAUCCCAAAGAAUACAAUUGAUGAAGCAGGACAAGGCCAUAAGAGUAACAGUUGAUGGAUGUAGGGAGAUCCAACUUAAUUGGAUUUGACAGCAGCAUGCUCUGAGACACAAAUAUUGGGGCAAGCAUACAAGCUGUCAAAUCUCAUCACUAAAGGCUAGAACUACUGAGAGUAGAAUACACAAUAAAAGGUUGGAAAAUAUUCUAACUUUCUUUAGUUAGAAUAUUUAUGUCCCAUCUAAAUUUGUUAAUGUUAUAAAGCAAAAUAGCAACUUUACACAAAACACUGCUGCCUUAACUACUUUGCCCUCCUACUCCAUGGCUCCACACUCACUGAGCUCUUUAUUAGGAACACUAUGGUCCUAAUAAAGUGCCAGACGUGGUCUUCUGCAAUUGUAGCCCAUCCGCCUAAAGGUUCGACGUGUUGUGCAUUCUGAGAUGCUAUUCUGCUCACUACAAUUGUACAGAGUGGUUAUCUGAGUUACCAUAGACUUUCCAGCAGCUUGAACCAGUCUGGCCAUUCACCUUUGACCUCUCUCAUCAACAAGGUGUUACUGUCCGCAGAACUGCCGCUCACUGGAUGUUUUUUGUUUUUAGCACCAUUCUGAGUAAAAUCUAGAGACUGUUUUGCGUGAAAAUCCCAGGAGAUCAGCAGUUACAGAAAUACUCAAACCAGCCCGUCUGGCACCAGCAAUCUUGCCAUGGUCGAGAGGUCAAUUUUUUUCUCCAAACUGAUGGUUGAUGUGAACAUUAACUGAAGCUCCUGACACAUAUCUGCAUGAUUGUAUGCAUUGCACUGCUGCCACACGAUUGGCUGAUUAGAUAACCACAUGAAUGAAGUAGGUGUACAGGUGUUCCUAAUAAAAUGCUCAGUUUAAAGGCUACCUUAAGUUUGAGCCAUACUUCAAUAAAAAAAAAUUAUUUUGGGCACAAGUCCUCAUUGCACCAUCUCACCAGCAGACUCAGAUUGGGUGAGAGCAUUGCAGGGCUUUGCCGUUUAAUCACCGUCAUUGCCAAGCUCCGAGGUAUCAGAAAUAUAAAAUAAGUGUCAUUGCAAUGUACUUUACAUGCUUUCUGCUUUUCCUUAGUCAGAUUUAGAUAAGGUAAAAACUAAGCUGGUUGAAAUCUCCAGCUGAAUUUUAUAUGGUUGGUCCUUUGGAGAAGCCAUUUUUCAUUUCUAAAUGAGAACCACAUUUCCUUCUGGUGGGCAGCUUAUCAACAUGGAAUCUAAACUCCCAUGACUUGACUCUGUAUUGAAUGCUCUUUGACAAUGACAAAAAACUGAGCUUGCGUUACACUAUUUUAUAAACAAAAUCUCAUUGCAAACCUAACGUAAUGGAUCACAUCAAUAUUUUGACAUCAAAAAUCACAUUACAUAAGAUGAUUGAGUUGAUUGGAGAUUACCUGCAAACAGAUAUUGAAGGUCUGGCUAAAUCAUAUGUAUGGUGUUGGAGCUUCAUGAAGUUUAAGCCAUACUUCAUUUUUUUUAAUGAAUUCUUCAUUGCAUCUUAAGAAGGAGCAUGUCAUCAUGCACCCUAACAAGGGACAUUCUGAAAAAGUGACAACAGGUCAAUGUUUUUCAAUUACUUACAUUUCAACACGAAUAAAGCUAAUCCUUGCUAGUAAAGUAGGGCAGCUCUAGAAUGGUUCUUAUUUACCAGAGCAAGAGACUAAUUUGCAGAACCUGGAGUAGCUCUCCAAGUGCAGAAUCAUGAGUCUUCACAUUCUCCCUUUGGCCUUUAAGAGGUUACUGAGAAGGUGAAGUGACUAGUGUUCUGGUGUUCUCGGAAAGGACAAUCCACACAGCUGUGCGCAGGGUAAAUGCAAAACAAACAUGCCUUGCACAUGCUUCCCUUCAGCUGUCAUGGCUCCUCUUUCAAAGUCCCAUGCUGAAAUGGGUCUGGCCCUCUACCAUGGCCAAACCAUUGGACCUCAGAGACUCCGAGUCCAUGCACACCCGUGCUCUCAGGCAGUCUUUUUAAUUAACACUAAGACAUCUGUGGACAGGGAUUCUGUGACAGAACUGAUCAGCCUGUGCUUCGUGUUAGCCUAUCUUUAACUAUGGAGCCAGGAGGGGAGUUGAUAAAGUCUAGGUUAACACAACCAUAGUUCGAGUUGCAUCAGUACACAUAUACACUCAUGCGACCAUUAAAUGAGCUACUCUGCACAUAACUUACAGAACACAAAAGUCAUUACAUUUGCAUUUACCACUGUUGUACUUCAUUCAAAGGUAAAUAAUAUAUAUAUAUAUAUAUAUAUAUAUAUAUAUAUAUAUAUAUAUUAACUAAACAUGUAAAAGGGCAACAUUUGGACACUGUAGAGAUUGUGAGAAAAGAUUAGAAGGAAAUGUUAUUUGUAACAGCAACUUACAGUUGCCUGAGUUACGGAGAAGUCAUUCUCUAUCCCAUCUCUCAAAAAGUAUACUACUGAAGUAGUCAUUUCUAAGCAGUAGAAUAAUAUAAUGCUUUGUUUUGUGUGGUCGCAUGUAGUUUUCUUUUAGCUUAAUUUGGAUUAUUUUCUUGCUUAAAAAAAAAAAAAAAAAAAAAAAAAAAAAACUUUUGGAGCUGAGUUUUCUUUUGUAAAAUAUCUUUAUUAGAAAUAUAUUGUUUUAUGUGUGACUGACGAUUCUUGCAUUUGUUGUAUGAAAGUUUGGGGAUAAAAUGUGACAAUUGCUUUAAGCUAAAUGUAUGGCUUUUUGAAUAAUUAUUUACUGUCAAGCUUGUUUAUGUUCUAUAUAUAUUGUGUGAUUUACAACAGUAAGUUAUUGCACAUAAUGGUUAAGUAUUACGAGCUGGUAAAUUGUUUAUUGUCUAUGUAGAUUUUCAGUUUUCUUCACAUCAACCCCCACCCCCCCAAAAAAACCCAGGCCAAACAUGAAGUUGUAUAUUUGUUUAAAAUGGAGCUGAACAAAUCAAAGCCUGUGUCGUGGACGGCAUUGCAACCACAACUCAAACUACUACCCUGAUUAUGUUCUAAAAUGUUUUGCUUAUACCCAUUUUGAGCGAGUCACUCUCCUCCAGGACAUUUUUACAGUAACAUACUGCUGGCCUAGCCACAUCUGUUGUCAAAGCCUGGUACAAGAGACAUCUUACAUUUAGAGACAUACUACAGACAUAAAGUUUCCAUUGGCUUGAUACUCUGUGCUUUUAAAGUCAAUAUUUAUAAGUAUAGCCAUUACAGGUGCUGAGUCUUCUAAUGUGGAUGUUUAAUUUUAUUUGAAAUUGUCUGUUUUUAUUUUUGUUUGCUUUGUUUUUAUCUAAAUCCAGAUGAAUAAAAAAAGAGAAAAUAAUUUAUCAUACUAAACUUUCUUGCAUAAAUAUUAACUCUUUUCAUAAGUGGCAUACUAUGAAGA